UCUGUGCGCUCAGGUAUCGUGGAGGACUACCAGCCCCCGUACUAUGAGAUGGUUCCCUCCGACCCGUCGUAUGAAGACAUGCUGGAGGUCGUGUGUGUGAAAGGAGUCCGGCCGACCCUGUCCAACCGCUGGAACAGCGACGAGUGUUUGCGGGCGAUGCUGAAGCUGAUGUCCGAGUGCUGGGCUCCGAACCCGGCCUCCCGCCUCACAAUCCUCCGAGUGAAGAAGACGCUCUCCAAGAUGGUGGAGUCGCAGGACAUCAAGAUCUGACCGCCCUCAUCCUCGUCCUCUUUAAUAUCAGCGCCUCCCUCUUCAUCGGGAGGAGGAGAGAGAUAAUAAUAAUGGACCCAUUUCAGGGCUGAACUCUGUGUCUCCUCCUCCUCCUCCUCCAUCAUCAUCGUCACUGUGUCUGGAAACUAAAAUGUGCAACGUGUGUCAUUUCAGAUACUUUUCUUAUCACACUGCCAUGUGGUACACUGCCAUGUGGUACCUGCUGCCAUGUGGUACCUGCUGCCAUGUGGUACACUGCCAUGUGGUACACUGCCAUGUGGUACCUGCUGCCAUGUGGUACCUGCUGCCAUGUGGUACACUGCCAUGUGGUACACGCCAUCUGCUGCCAUGUGGUACACUGUGGCCGUUUCUCAAUGUCGAGGAGGCUUGCUUGGUAGCACAUGUAUGCUGGGCAUUUAAACAAUGACACUCAAUGACGUAGUAUGCUUCAAAUAGUGGCUCUGGAGCAGCUUUACCCGACAUUGAGAAACGGCCACUGAACACUUUAUUUUUUGGGAACUUUGACCAGAAAGCGUUGAGUCAUGUCAUGGCUGCUGUGAACUGAUUGGAAAGGACGGUCUCCGCUGAACAGCAAUGUCUGAAAUCAUUUGUGAAAAAUAACAUGAGUGUGAGAAAGCAUUUCAAAACAUUGGACAUUUUUUUUACUAUGAAUCUUCUGGGCGUUUUUCCCAAAUGCAUUAUAACACACUUCUCAGAUCUGUUCGAUCUUUUCGCUUCACUAGCCAACAGCAAUUUUGUGACUUCCAGGAUUUGAGACGAUGCUACUGGGUCGAAAUUCACAAAAUACAAAGUGUGUACAGUUUACGACAUGGCAUUGAACUAAGGUAUCAGAAUAGAGACACAGCGCAAAAACAAACAUGGAGUCCUUCCUCCUCCUCCUCCAGAAACAAACAUGGAGUCCUUCCUCCUCCUCCUCCAGAAACAAACAUGGAGUCCUUCCUCCUCCUCCUUCAGAAACAAACAUGGAGUCCCUCCUCUUUCUGCCGGUUUGACGCUUUCCGUGAAAGCAAAACGAGACGAUAAAGAUCAUUUCGACGGAGGGGGAAACGAUGCUCGUAAAUGAACAGAUUUUUUUUUAAGGACCUGCGUUGCCUUCCUCCUCCUCUGCCUGUUUAAACAGAAAUGCCAAUUUUUUUUGUUAUUAUUUUCUCUUCAGGACAGAGUUCUCCUGCCAUAUUGAAAUAUAUCUCCACUCUUAAGAAAGUAGAGUUAAUUAUAAUUAAGAAAAAAAAGGUACUAUUAUAAUAUGUGAAUUAAAAUGUGUAAAUAAGUGUUAUCAUGCCUACUCGUGAGAGGGUUUAAAGUUAAAAUAUCAGAACACUAUGCUGCAGUGGUGUUGACGUCCAGCCGACUCCAGGAGACGUCUACCGUCCUGUUUGUCCACUUCCUGUCUAACUGUCCACUUCCUGUUCGUCUGUCGGUCUGUCUGUCGAGAUACCUGAUUGGUUGAGUUUAACCUGAGUGGGUGGAGCCAAAAGGACCCGUGUACCAGGGUUCAUUGAGAUUAUGUUAGAUUCAAGACUUGUUUAAAUGCCUAUUUGAAGUUAUAAUGUAAAUAUGUUCCACACUAGACAAGUUAAAUAACAGCUAGACCUAUAUUACAUGUAUCCAGUUGAGCUGUGUACUUACAUUCAGUGCUGCCCCUCGCCAAAUAGGGCGACAUGUGUCAUUUUUAUCAACAUAAUAGUGCAUUUCAUAGGUGAACGUAUAUAGCCAAAUUGAAUGGGUUCUUCCUCGGACGAUGCUGCACCUUUACAGCAAGUUUUAUGAAAAUCUGGUUGGAUGUUUAUCCGUUAUCCUGCUGUCCAACCACCAAAUGAAACAGAUUUGCAUAGAUUCAUGUUGGCUCCUCCCACUCUGAUUUAAAAAUAAGAUUCCUUGUUCCAUCGUUCUACAAUACAUCAAGAGUCAUUCAAUUGGGCUGCUUUUUGGGAAAUAACGUCCCCUUUAAGAAUAUUUGGGAAUGUGUUUAGCCUAGCUUAGCACAAAGACUGGAAACAGGGGGAAACUGCUAGCAUGGAAGCAAAUAGGUUUAUUGAGAUGUAGACACAGAAAUCUCCUCAGCAGCAGAACGACGUAUGUGUACGUGUGAGUGUGUGGGUACGUGUGUGAGAGCGUGUGUAUGUGUGUAAGAGAGUGUGUGUGUGUGAGAGAGUGUGUGUACGUGUAAGAGAGAGUGUGUGUGUAAGAGAGAGUGUGUGAAUGAAGCUUACAGUUCAUAUUUAAGAGCAGUAACUUUAGUGUUUUCUCUGUAACAAAUAUGCAAGGAAACUCCCCGUAUAGAAAUAAUCCCUAAUAUGUAAAGCUGUAAUGUUUUUGUUGUUGUUUUGGUGUUGUUUUGUUCAGCAUCUGGUUCGGUGCCUUAUGAGUUUACCAAGGAAAUGAAAACUCUGUAUACAGUCUGUCCAAUGUAACGAUUUUUAAGUAAAUAACCUUAUUUUAGUA